AUGGAAUUUGUAGAUAUUGUUAAGGAAGAAGGUAGGCAUAUAGAUUUAUCUCAUUAUUUCGAAAAUGUUAUUACUGCACUUUGUGCCCGAUUUAUUAUAUAUGAUAAGAAAUACGAACCACCAUCUACUGACAAAAUCAUGAAAAUUAUGAACUUGGACGAAAAAUAUAAACAGAUCGAUAGUUAUGCUCAAGAAAAAGCCAAGAAAUGGCUAGAAUCAUUUAUUAAGGAAAUAAAUGGAAUCGAUUUUAAAAUAAUAUCUAAUCAUGGAUAUGCUUAUAAACGUGCCUACAAGAAUGCAGUCAAGACUGUACAAGCUAUAUUAUAUCAAAAAAUAGGUGAUGUGUAUGAGAUAUUUUAUGGAGAUUGA